AUGAGGGCCAGAGACAGGAUCAGGGAGAAGCUAGGACGGCUACGGGAGAAAACACAGCAUCGUGGACCUAGGGAUCAACAAAAAACUACAGUGAUUGAAAACGGGGAAAUCAGGUUCAAUGGAAAAGGGAAAAAGAUUCGGAAGCCUCGGACCAUUUAUUCUAGCCUGCAGCUCCAGGCUUUAAAUCACCGCUUUCAGCAGACUCAGUACCUGGCCCUUCCUGAGAGAGCUGAACUGGCAGCUUCCUUAGGACUGACACAAACACAGGUGAAGAUAUGGUUUCAGAACAAACGCUCUAAGUUUAAGAAACUGCUGAAGCAGGGCAGUAACCCUCAUGAGAGCGACCCCCUCCCGGGCUCGGCGGCCCUGUCGCCUCGCUCGCCAGCGCUUCCUCCAGUGUGGGACGUUUCUGCCUCGGCCAAGGGCGUCAGUAUGCCCCCCAACAGCUACAUGCCUGGCUAUUCUCACUGGUACUCCUCUCCACACCAGGACACGAUGCAGAGACCACAGAUGAUAUACCCCCUCCACCACCACCAGAAGAAUCUGCACAAACAUGGCAGCGUUUUUACUUGUUUAAUGAGCUUAAAACAUUACAUGGUGAAAGAGAAGCAUUUCGGACUCCUGUAUUUUUAUUUACCAAUCCCACUAAUAAAAAAGAAAAGAAAAGAAAAGAAAAAGCCCUCACUUAGCCUUCUCUUAAGAAAGAAGAAAAAAUCGGCUGUAAGAUUAGACUGUUGCCACAAAAGGAACGCUGCAUGUUUUAUCAAAAUGCAAUGACCAGAAAUGAUGAUUGAUUUAAAACAAAACACAACAAAUGGUCUUUUUUCACCCUGCCCCCAAACUCUGAACUGGAAUCAGAAAAGACUGAGGAAACAACUCAAAUCACCAUACUAUUGCUUUGACACCUUUAUCAGGUGAAUUGGUGGCAUUCACUAAGCUAAUAGGGACGUUUAUAUCAAGAAACAUUUCUGUAUAUAUUGUUGAAUUUUAGUUGUACAUAUACUUUGUAUGUUUUUGUCUUCUUUCAUAUAUGGAGUAAAAGCCACAAAA